AUGUUUAAAAUUAUAUUCAAUGAAUUGCAUCUACUUUUUAUGGAGUUUCAAUAAAAUCGUUAAUGCUAAAUGUUGUCCUAGAUUUAACUAACACAAUAAUAUCAUUCUAUUAUAAGGAUAUCAGCUAUUUAAGCUUUAUAUUUGGUUUCUGAAAAGUCUUUAAAUGAUAGAUAUUGGAAAUUUACCAACUAUAUGGAUUCAUUGAAUUAUUUCUAAGUUGACUUCAUAACCAUUUAAGUAAAUACUGUGGCUCCUUAUUCUUUAAUUAUUGUUCAUGAUGUAUCAUUAAAUCCUAAUUUAAACGCAUUGAUUCUAAAAUCCAAAUUAUCACAGAGUUAAUAUCGAAUCAAAAUUUUGAGUAAUCUUUAUUUAUAUAUAUCAUCUAUUUGUAUCCAUUCCGCACUAUCCAGGGGUAAAUUUUCUAAUUCUCUUAUUGAAAUUCUUUCAUCAAUUCGAGUUUUUAAUAGAGUUUACUUAUUCUUUGUUGAGAGAUAUUUCAUAAUUCUUUAAUUAUAAUUCUCAUUAUUUUUUACAUUGCUUCACUCAAUUACAGUUUUUCUAAUAUACUUAAUUUACAUUUUCUUUCUGAAAUAUCAAAAUAUGGCGCAUCAAUUUCUUAUACAAAAUUAUAUAGUAAUAAAUAUUAUAAUUAAGUGGAUGAACAGAUUUAUUAGGUCAAUCUUUUUCUAAUAUGAUUUCCAACCUUUAUUAUAAAUUAGUUACUUUACGGUUUAAAUCACGAUUUAACUUAGAUUGCAAUUAAUAGUUAUGAUAAUUUAAUUAAUUUUGAUGAAUUAAUUCACCAAUUUUUGUCUUACGGUUUUAUUUUAACCCUUUAAGUCAUCAUAUUUAGUUUUCAAACUAAAAAUUUUAUUCCAAUUCGCUAUAUAAUUUUUUCUGUAAUUAGUGAUCUUUAUACCCUAUUUUCAAUUUGCUUCAAGAUGUUUUUUUAAGCCUUAUAUAAUAUUUUUAUCGUAUCCUUAAUUUUUAUUAUAUUUGUAUCCUUACUUUUGCUUUCUACCAUUUUUAAUACAUGCAUGUUUAACUAUUCAUGUAAGUUUUAUGAUACAGUUAAUAAUUAAUUUACAUUAAAACUAAUAAUUUGAUAUCUACAUUAUUAAGCUAGCUUAUAUCCAUGCAACUAUAAGAGCUUGGAGUCAUUAUCUGAGUCAAUUUACAUGUUGUCUAUAAUAACAAACAAGAUUUUCUGUGCAUUGA